AAGGUAUGCUCGUCGUCAUCCUGCAUCCUGAGCAAUGGAACGGUGGCUCAGACCGAUGCACACUCGGGAUGAUUAAACAUUUCGUUGAACUGGGGCAUCGAGUUAUUUGGUACACGACGAUGAUCGACUGCUACUGGAAUGCUGAAGAGUUCGAUAACGUGGAAAUACGCAAUGCAAAUUUGCCAUUGCAUCCUGGAGAUUGGUGGACACAGAAUGUAGUGCUUGCUUUGCAACUUAUAUUUUCCGGUCUUGUUCCUGAUCUUGUUGUCAUUGAUCACAGUGCAAGGUACAUGAAUAAAAACAAUUACGAUCUGCAACACUCUUGCAGUUGUUUGCCGAUGCUAAAAUGGCGAUUUCCAAAGGUCAAAAUUUUAUUUUAUUGUCACUUCCCGCAACAGCUCGUCACACCUACACGCUUUUUUCUCUAUCGUUGGUAUUCGCGAAUAAUUGGUUUAAUCGAAGGUCUGCUAUUCCAGCAAGCUGACCUCAUUAUGGUUAACAGUCAUUUUACAGAAAGUCAAUUUCUUCGUGUAAUGCCAGAAGUGAAUCCAUCCCGACUAAUAGUAGUUUAUCCUCCAUGUGACGUUGACGCUGUUAAAACUGGAGGUAAACCAAUUAGUCGCACACAACGUCAGUCUAACAAUAAGCGUUACACAUUCUUAUCGAUAAAUCGUUUCUGGCCAGAGAAAAAACUGGAUAUAAUUAUUCAAGCUGCUGCACUAAUAAAAAGAAACAUUAAGAUGCGGCCACGUAUUGUACUUGCUGGUUCCGUGAUGCCUUAUAUACCUGAAUCAUUUAUUUAUUAUAAUUUACUACAAAAAAUGGUUCGCGAUCUGAAGAUAAUACCUUUGCCUGUUCUAUUUCAUGUUGAUGACAUUGUGGAAUUCGUGAAAUCACCCACAGAUCCGGAAAAAUUCGCCUUGUAUAGAGAAUGUGAUACAGUUCUCUACACACCACCGAAUGAGCACUUUGGUAUUGUACCUCUAGAAGCUUUACAGCAACGUAGGCCGGUUAUAGUCUGUAAUAGUGGCGGUCCAGCGGAAACAGUGGUGGAAGGAGUAACUGGUUCAAAGAUAGCUGCUCCACAAGGAAAACUGUUAGCAAUUGCCAUGGAAGAACACAUGAAACGAACUUCAUGGCCUGCUCUUGAUAAUGAUGACAUCUAUGAGCAUCAGCGAAAACGUUUUGAACAGCACUUCAGUUUGAAUGAGUUUUGCAAUCGAAUCAAUGAUGCCCUUGAUGUUUUGUUUCCUGAUGAUCCGGUUAUGAUCAGGAAUACUUUAUUACUUGGGGAAAAGAAUAGAUGUCAGUAA